CCUCUGUCAGCGCGGCCCGCUCCACCGCCCUCGCCUCGGCCGCCCGCCCGCCCGCAGCUCGCGCCUCUCGCGCUUCCCCGCGCCCGAGGGGCCGCCGCGGGCCAUGCUGCCCUCCCGGGAGGAGCCCGCCGCCGCCGCGCGGGGCUCGAGCGAGGAGGCGCAGUCGCCCGGCUCCGCGCCCCUGGGCGACGCUCUGCUGGCCGGCCCGGGACCCUCGGACGGCCUGGAGGCGUGCGCCGAGAAGGUGGAGGUGGGGCUGGCGGGGCCGGCGGACGCGGAGCCGCCGGAGCCCCCCGAAGGAGGCUGGGGCUGGCUGGUGAUGCUGGCGGCCAUGUGGUGCAACGGGUCGGUGUUCGGUAUCCAGAACUCGUGCGGGUUGCUCUUCGUGUCCAUGCUGGAGACCUUCGGGUCCAAGGACCACGACAAGAUGAGCUUCAAGACAGCAUGGGUAGGAUCUCUCUCCAUGGGGAUGAUUUUCUUUUGCUGCCCUAUCGUCAGUGUCUUCACAGACAUAUUCGGUUGUCGGAAAACAGCCGUCGUGGGUGCUGCCGUUGGGUUCAUUGGGCUCAUGUCUAGUUCUUUUGUAAGUUCCAUCGAGCCUCUGUACCUUACCUAUGGGAUCAUAUUUGCCUGCGGCUGCUCCUUUGCAUACCAGCCUUCCUUGGUCAUUUUGGGACACUAUUUCAAGAAGCGCCUUGGACUGGUGAAUGGCAUUGUCACUGCUGGCAGCAGUGUCUUCACAAUUUUGCUACCCUUGCUUUUAAGGGUUCUGAUCGAUAAACUGGGCCUCUUUUACACACUGAGGGUCCUCUGCAUCUUCAUGUUUGUUCUCUUUCUGGCUGGUUUCACUUACCGACCUCUUGUUCCCAGUGCCAAAGAAAAAGAGAGUGAAAGCAGCCGAUUCUCCCUCUUUUCAAGGAGAAGGUUCAGCCCUCCAAAAAAAAUUUUCAAUUUUGCCAUCUUCAAGGUGACAGCUUAUGCAGUGUGGGCAGCUGGAAUACCAAUUGCACUUUUUGGAUACUUUGUGCCUUACGUUCACUUGGUGAACCAUGUGAAGAAAAGAUUUCCAGGUGAAAAACAUGAAGUGGUCCUCAUGUGCAUCGGCAUCACGUCCGGAGUUGGCCGGCUCCUCUUCGGCCGGAUCGCAGACUAUGUGCCUGGGGUGAAGAAGGUCUAUCUGCAGGUGCUCUCCUUUUUCUUCAUUGGUCUGAUGUCCAUGAUGAUUCCCCUGUGCAGCGUCUUUGGGGCUCUCAUCGCCGUCUGCCUCAUCAUGGGUCUCUUCGACGGAUGCUUCAUUUCCAUCAUGGCUCCCAUUGCCUUUGAGCUGGUCGGUGCCCGGGAUGUGUCCCAAGCGAUUGGAUUUCUGCUCGGAUUCAUGUCUGUCCCCAUGACUGUGGGCCCACCUAUUGCGGGGUUACUUCAGGACAAGCUGGGCUCCUACGACGUGGCCUUCUACCUUGCUGGAAUCCCUCCCCUUGUUGGAGCUGUUGUGCUUUGUUUCAUCCCUUGGGUCCAUAGUAGGCAGCAGAAAGAGAUCAAUAAAAGCACCGGAGGAGCAAAGAUGGAAAAAAUGUUGGAGAACCAGAACUCUCUGCUGUCAAGCUCAUCCGGAAUCUUCAAGAAAGAAUCUGACUCUACUAUUUAAGGACUUAUACACCUCUACCAGACUGGACUUGCUUGUGAAUUUUAAGCAAGUUCUCCUUUUAUAUGAAUUGCAAAUUCCUUAUUUUUUUAACCACAUCCUUGGAAUAGCACAAUAAUUGGGAAAUAUCCAAUUACUACAAGAACCAUUUUCUGCCUCCAAAUAGCUGAUAUUUUCAUGAGUCUGAGGGCAGAGACUCUGGUACAUGAAAACAUGUCUGAAAGUUACAUAUUAUGAAAGUUUGGAGCUAUUUCAUAAAAAGCAACUUUGGAAACUGUGAAUGCUAUUUAGCUUGUACAAAUAUUUAAAAAUACCUCAAGCUAUACUGAGAGGGUUGCAGUUUUGUUAGGACUGGGAAUGUUUUGUCUUACCUGGUGUGUCUUUAGUGCUAGUACCUCACCUCUGUUUUAAUUUCUUCUAGUCUUAGGCAAGGUAUCAGCCUAAAUUCUAGAUAAUACCAGAGCUACCUAAAUCUCAAGUGUGUGUUGCUUGCUGUGUCAGAUAAGAUAUGAAGUUAAGACAUUGCGACUUGUUCCAGUGUCAGGGGGCCUUCCGGGAGCGGGUUCUCACGGUGUAUUCAGAUUCAGUGGGAGAUGACAAGGACCCUGCUCCGAGGGCAGAGAGUUCAAAAAGGCGGCGUCUCCUCCCUCUACGGUGCAGCUGUUUUACUCAAGUAGCCGGAAACAUCCAAAUUGCUGAACUUGUUUCAACAAUAAAGUACAAUGGAAUGUGUGACAGAGA